GGCCACAAGGGGCUGUAGGAUUAUUUAAUGAAAACAUUAUGUUCAUUUCUGCAGCCGUAUUGAGCAGAACAGCAGUAUAGCAUUUCUGCAGCCGUAUAAUACAGCGACAUUCCGACAUCACAGUUUAUGUACGUUUUCCUUUAUCGGCUGAGUGAUGAGUAAAGAGUUACAGAUGAGGGCUGCAAUUAACCAGAAGUUGAUCGAAAUGGGGGAGAGGGAGCGCUUAAAGGAACUGCUCAGAGCCAAGCUCAUCGAAUGUGGCUGGAGAGAUCAGUUAAAAGCACAUUGUAAAGAAGUCAUCAAGGAAAAGGGGAUUGAGAAUGUCACUGUAGAAGACUUGGUGGCUGGAGUCACUCCUAAAGGAAGAGCGCUCGUGCCUGACAGUGUAAAGAAGGAGCUUCUACAGAGAAUAAGGGCCUUUUUGGCCCAACAUUCUACAUGAUGCACAGGAUACUAGACUCUUAGCCAACUGAAAUGCCACACUAGCUGUAAAAUUGAUCAUUUCUUUGUUCAUUCAUUUAUUUUUUUUAUUUUUUAUUUUAAUCUGUAUGUGUACUGCCUAUUGGAAAAAUAAAAAGUCUGGUGAAUGAUUUUGUUGUUCCAACAAUAAAGUUUAUUCAUUUUUGUAACUGAA